AUGGAACCAGCUCUGAGGAUCCAAGAGUCAACGCUGAAGGGCUUGGAGGUCAAAGGGCUUGCCUUUCCUGGAUCUCAGGGGUUCGCAGCUCCGACCAGCUUGGACGAGACUGAAAAUGAAAAUGGACCCCUGAAGCGGGCCUACAAGACCUAUGUGAGAGCACUGCCGAUGCUGAAGAGGUUGGGAGUCAGCUCCAUCAUUCUCCGCAAGAGCAUUGGAGCCCUGGAGGUGGCCUGCGGGAUCGUCAUGACCCUGGUCCCGGGCCGCCCCAAAGACGUAGCCAACUUUGUGCUGCUGCUGCUGGUGUUGGCCGUGCUCUUCUUUCAUCAACUGGUGGGGGACCCCCUCAAGCGCUACGCCCAUGCCUUGGUCUUCGGGAUCCUGCUCACCUGCCGUCUGCUGAUUGCACGCCAGCCUGAAGACCAGCCUCCGGAGAAGAGGACCGUGACGGUGAAUGGGGAAGAGCAGCAGUUGCUGGCAGAUGCAGCCCCAGAGAAGGGCAAAAUCAAAGUCUCCUAGUAGGUGCCUUUGCACGGGACCUACGGACCCUCUUCACAGCUCUCGGUGCGGAAGAGCUACAACAGAGCAACCUGUUUCUUUUUUGUCCUUGAUUGAUUGGUUGGUUUUUGGGAAGGGUUCCGUUUUGGAGCAUGGGGAAAUCCUUCAAAGAGGCCAGUUAAAUUUUAACCUGGCUUUACACACUCUGAACCUCUACAGCUGCCCUCUGCUAUAUAGCCCUCCACCUCCCACACACCAGUGUGUCAUCAUCAUAUAUCGGAUCUAAAAAAAAAAGAAAAAAAAGAAAUGUGUCUCUUUGUAUCGAGCGUGUAAAUGUCCACGUGCAUCUGUGUCUCUUGUGUGCGUGUGUGAAAGAGGUGGACAGCUGAAUUGCUUUGCCUGAAUUGCCUCUGUGCCAAAAUGCAGUCCUUCAGGGGCAGGGGGAAAAAAUCCAAAAUUCCCAAUGCAGUCUUUGCUCAUUCACUUUUCAGGUUCACCUACUACGCCAACCAAUGCAUGCCUCCACUCUUUCUCAGCUGAUAAUAAAGGAUCUUGCAGAGACCAUAAUCCAUCCACCAGGCCUCUUCUCUCCCAAGUCUGUCUGUUGGUUGUUGGCAAAAGAGCAGGGGCUAGUCCUCAUCUGUCCCCGUGUAAAUUUGCUUCUUUGGCCAUCCUUUCUUACUCACAGAAGUCACAGUUUAAGGCCGUGUUUUUCAACCAGGGAGGCUUUAAGCAGUGGUGGGAUUCCAUAUUUACUACUACUGGUUCUGUGGGCGUGGCUCAAGGGUGGGUUCCUACUGGUUCAGACCAGUUCAGUUGAACUGGUAGUACUUUGGCGGCCUGGGUUGCUGGAACUGGCAGUGAACCAAGCCUGCCACGCCCUUAAACCGGUUCUCCUAGCGGUGCUGUAGUUGCUGCCAUCUUGUUCUUUGCUUCUGCGCAUGCACAGAGCAAAUUUUAUUGCAUUUAGUGGUCAAAUGCCCACGCGCACGAGCCAAGCGAACACGUGAGUGCACAAUUGCGCGUGCACCAAACCAGCAGUAAUGCCAGAAGCAACCCACCCCUGGCGUGGCUUUGUGGGCAUGGCAGGGGAAGGAUAU